AUGAGCCAUCCACUGAGCAGUCAUGGGCGAAACACUGGACCGAACAAACUAUUGCUCAUUUCCUUCGAUGGUUUUCGAUGGGACUAUGACCGCGAUGUGGACACACCAUUCCUGGACGAAAUGGCAAGAGAUGGCGUCAAAGCCACAUAUGUAACCCCAUCAUUCUUUACGAUCACAAGCCCCACACAUUUCACCAUAGUUACAGGGCGCUACAUUGAGAACCACGGGGUUAUUCACAACAUGUGGUUUAACACCACCACCUCCGAAAAGAAGUCAUACUGGCAGACGCAGUUUGUGGAUGGCUAUUGGGACAACGGCACCGUGCCUAUCUGGAUCACUGCCCAGAGGCAGGGUUUGACGGCCGGCUCUUUCCACUUCCCUGGCACAGCCUCCACCUACCAGGGCGAAAUGGUGAGUGUGGGUGAAGUAGAGCCUCCCAUUUACAACUAUUCCAAUGAGACUGUUUGGAAGCAAAAUGUGGAUAUGGUCAUGGGAUCGUGGUUCCGUAAUAGGGACCUGGAUUUCGUGGCCCUGUAUUUUGGGGAGCCAGACGGCGCCGGCCACAAGUUCGGGCCUGACUCUCCCCAACGGAGGGCUAUGGUGAGGCAGGUGGACCGCACCGUGGGAUACCUGCGCGACUCGGCCAAGAGGCACGGCCUAGCCGACCGGCUGAACAUCAUCAUCACUGCCGACCAUGGCAUGUCUACUGUGCAACGCAAUGGCAAUGUUGAAGAGAUCGUCCUGCGAAAAAUUCCAAACUUCUCCUUCAGCGAUCUGGAUUUCCACCUGGUGGACUACGGACCUACGGGGAUGCUUCUUCCCAAGGAGGGCCGUCUGGACAAGGUGUACAACGCUCUGAAGGGGGCACACCCACACCUGCAUGUCUACAAGAAAGAGGAGAUGCCAAGCCGUCUCCACUUUUCUAAGAACGCCCGCAUUCUACCCAUCAUUCUUUGGGCUGACCCGGGAUAUGUUAUUAAUGGGUACCUCCCAGUGCAGUUCAACAAGGGCGAGCAUGGUUUUGACAAUGAAGGACUGGACAUGAAGCCCUUCUUCCGUGCAGUGGGGCCAGACUUCCAGAAGAACCUGGAAGUGGGCCCCUUCGACACAGUGAACAUUUAUCCACUGAUGUGCCACUUACUGGGCAUCAAACCUGAUCCCAACGAUGGGGACCUGGACAACACCCGUGACAUGCUGCUAGCACCACCACAAGAUUUUGACGUGUGCUCUUGA